AUGUCACUUUGUCUUCAGAGUCGUCUGACCUUUUCUGACUCCGAUGCAGACGGUCGUUCUGCCCAACUGGCCAGGCGAAGGCAGACCACCAUUGGAGCCACCGGCUUGUUUACAUCAUCUAAUGAGGUUUCUGCUGUCUCCCAUUCCAAUUUAGUUGGUCGAGAGAAUGAGAUUACCAAGGCGCCAGUGGUGGAGCCGAAGCGUUUUGGAAUAGCAGGUGAGUGGCUUGAAGAUCAGGGUCUACUCGAUCUUCAACAUACUAAACCUUGGAGGUUGAACAGCUAG